AUGUCGUCGAACUCGUCCGACGCCGGCGGCUACGUCCCCAUCACUUGUAGUUCGUUUCCUUCCUUUUUAAAGACAUUUUUUGUGACUAGCUAAAUAAAUCUGUAUGAAAAAACGAGAAAAUGUGAAAAUAAGACUCUGCAGCCAUCACAAGUGCACCAACGACUUCGACCGCUUCGAUCAGUUCUAUAGCCUUGCCGUGUUCUUCGACGUCUUCUUCGUUUUUAGCGUCGCUAGGCUCCAAGCCAGACGCUCUGCCGAGGCCUGGGUGAGUAUCGAAAUAAAUGUUCAUAACGAAUGGUGUAGGAUUUGUAAAGCCAGGGUUCUUAAUUCUCUCAGUGUCUAUCAGAGGUGAAGGAUGGCUGCCCACUGGCCGCCCUGCCUGCCAAGCCAUAUACGCCCAAAAGGCAGAAAUGACUUUUUCAAAAGUCAACGUUGCGCGACGGUCAUUUGUAAGGCGAAAUCGCCCUAACAAUCUAGAAGCGCUUGUUUCGAGCAAUGUAGAAAAUGUAGAAAACUCGUGUACAUAAAGGAAUCAGAAUUUUUCAUUGUUAAAAAAGUUCGAACAUAACGAUUUUUUAUUUUUUUGGAACUUUCCGACGGAGAAGUUUCCAACUAAUCAUUUUCCGACUUUUUUUCCAGAUAAACUCUUUUUUUUAAAUCUUCUUAUAUAGAGUAGGUAGUUGAUUCAUGAUAAAAAAACACAAAAAAAUAGAAAAAAAGGUUAUUAGAUAUUUUAUAAACCGCUUGAAAACUCGCUGGCUUUUUUUCAUACCACCGAAAAAAAUCUAGGAAGAGAUCUAUACGCCUUCCACUCUUAACGAGGUGGCCUGGCGUAGUACGAUUUUUCUGUCAUGUGACUUUUUUUUUGGAAACCAAUUGAAUCAAAAGAAAUACUUUUGCAUCAAUUUCAUGACGUCUCAAAAUUUUUUGGUCAGAGUAGUUCUCCAGUGAGAUUGAAAAUGUAGCCUACUGACCCGUUUCGGUGACAAUCCCCGGCUGAAAUAUCUGUUACAGUAGGUUAAAAACGUUAACACGGAGUUGCGAAAAAAAAAAAUUAGUUCAAAAUUUACAAAAUUGAUAAUGAUUAGUUCAGGGUGUUAUCGCCACGUACUUGACCUACUUGCCAAAGACCACGUAAAUUAAUGGCUCAUUUCUAUCGUUUGGGCUAAAUGGCUUGGCUUGGCCGCCAAGCCAAGGGCUGCCUUUUCAGUCAUUCACCUCUGGUGUCUAUGAACUAUCAAGCUCGAUAAAUCUUCAAAUUUUCAACCAUUUUGCCAUCAAAAAAAGCUUGGUUCAGCGCGGCCGUUUGUAGUGCACUGGAUUAUCAAAAACCCUUUUUUUAAAUAGGAGAUGAUCUUAAAAUCUAUUGAAAAGACCACCUAGAAGGUUAGAAAAAGUGAUAAAAUUGAGCGAACAGUCCAAGUCUCUGUCUGUUCUUUUUUUUUACCUCCGGGAGCGUAUCACACUGCAAGUCCCACCUCUUGAUUGGUUUAUCAAUUGCUGUCACUUUUGGGCAGGAACUUGCGCCCCACAGACCUGCGGGACGGCUCCUUUUGUUGCUUCUUUUCCUUGACUCCAUGAUAAACGGCGAUGUGUGGUCUCAAGAAUUUCCGCGAGUUUUGCAGAACUCCGAAGCAGAUGGCCACGCCCACUUCGUUGUCGGAGUGGCAGCUUUUGGCUGUUCUGCACCGCGCCAACCUCGUGCAGUACUACGAGAUCUUCAUCUCCCAAGGUUUUUCCCUGUUCCUUUCAAUUCUCUAACUCUGGGACUUCUCAAACAUUUAUAAUUCAAAGAUGAAUGAGUUUUCGCUGUGGGAAAAAACAAGAACUCGAAAGUCCAAGCUGAUAAGAGCUAUCGCCAACUGGUACGGGAAGCUUUCUUGUGCCUGGCAAGCUGUCAGGCACAAAAAAAGCGUCUCGCGUGCCUUUCUGACGAGGGUCUUUCAUUUUUUGAUAAGAUUUUUUGUAAUGAUCAUACCGCCGUGUAAAAGUAGGGUCAGACAAAACUAGGGACCGGGAAGCCCCGCCCCUUUCCGGGAUAAAAUGUUCGCGUUUUUUGGUAAUUUUUCACAGAUGUGUUUGCAUUUUUCGUACAAACACAGUAUUAUGAAUAGAUAAUUGAUAAAAGAAAUAUACAGAAAACUUUUCGUUUUCAUUCUUUGGACUUUUUUUUUAGUUUUGAUGUGUACCAGCGGAUUUUCGUACGGAAAACUGAAACGACUUUUAGAAUUGGCUAAUUAUUCUAGGGUUUCAGUUUUUUACUUUCGUUUCCGCUUUCUUUAUUAUUUUCAAAGUUAGUUUCAAACUUGGGAAGUAACUUUUUGAAGCAAAAAAAAACAAGCUAGGCCAAAACUUUGCGUGAGCGCUCAAAGUCAGGAAUUUCAUUUGUGUUAUAUGGGUUUUUUUAAAAAAUUUUCUCAAAAUAACUUUUUUAGCAAUAAAACUUUUUGUAGGAGGCGACGACAUCAACCAAAUAAUGCAAUGCGACGAACACGAAUUCUUGGAAAUCAUGUCCCUGGUCGGCAUGCUGACGAAGCCGCUGCACGUGCGCAGGCUCCAGAGAGCCCUCAAUGUUCGUUUUUCGUUUCGAGUUUGCUGCGAGAUCUGUCGGCAUUAUUGGACUGUCGUGAAAAUAUCAAUCGCAAUGAGUUGAUGCUUUUUUUUCCAUUGGUGAAAAGUAUUCAAUCAAAAAAAUGUUUGGAAAAGAAUGUUGAGAUUCCGAAGAAAUUAUUUUAAAACAAGUUUUUUUUUUCUUAAAGUUUCAAAUUCUUCUAAAUCGAGAGGAAACAACCUUUUCGAAACACAAUUUACUAUUUUUGGAUUAUUUUUUUCAUUAUCGUUUUUUAAACUCUUUGGUUGGGUCACGGCGACGGUCGAACUUGUGUAUUUACUAUUGAUCACAGUGAUUAAUGAGUUCCAUCAAAGCCACGUGUAAAAUAAUUUUUUGUUGUUUCUUCUGUAAAUAUUUGAGUGUCUUAUGGCGUGUGUCGGAUAAAACGGAAACUGCUUCGAAACGCGAAAAAUUGCUCCAAAACAAAAAUAAGCACUGUUUGGGAGCAACUUUGGCGCGCCGAUAAACAUAAUUGUUCGUUUUGAAGCAUGUUCCUUUUCUCCGAUGAUUCGCCAUUGGUAUUUCACCAAAGUGUCCUUUCAAAUUCAUAACCUUGUGUAUUUUUCCAGGAGUUUUCGAAGGAUCAGUCGGCCUUCAAUCUGACGGCUCUGCAGCAGAUUGGACCUCCUCCAGUCAGUCCGUACACUCUGAACGGCGCGGAUCCGAUGUCGCUGCUCCUGCCUGGUAGUUCUGGACUUGCCCUCUCACCUAGACGAGUCUUCAGGCAUUUCCAUGCUCAACUCCCUGUCGUCUAGUUCCGAAGGCGUCGCUUCCGAUGCGACUUCUCCUUCUCACAACGCCGUCGGCUCUUCUUCUUCUCACGGCGGAAACAACUCGGUAGCGUUGGGUUAGUCGAACUGUGACCGCCAGCAAACACGCAAGCUUCAUCUCUUUCUGUGAAAUCGAAUUCUGAUUGAAAGAAAAAUUGUAAAAAGAAAUCAUUGUUUUCCGAUUUUCCUACUAGUGAGCCUCUCCUCUCGUCUUAAACCUGUCAAUUUCAAAUUUAGAGGGGAUUCAACAACGGAAGGCUGGGUUAUUUCAAACUACUUCAAAACUCUUUAUUUGGCACCAUCUUAACAUUAUUCUCUUAUGAAACUUUUUGCUAGACUGAAAGUUAAAUCGAUGGAUUGAGAUGAAGCUGCACAUUAGUAGCUCAGUUGUGUUCGCUUUGUUCUUUCGUUUGGUUCGUUUCAGUUCCCGCAUCCACACAUACUUUUCACUGUUCUUUGUCACCCUUUCGCCCCUCUACUAGCAAAAAAAGUCUGAGUGGUUGUCAAACUUCUGGCGGUGUUUUUCGAUGUUUCCAAUAGCCGGCAAGAAAAGAAGACUUCAGCGUUCGAGCUCGCCCCUCCUGUGCUCGAGCCUAUGGCCCCUCAUCGCCGUGUCGUCAGCAGCGGCCGCGAAGACGUCGUCGUCGGCAGCCCUUCCGUCGUCGCCUCUGGCCUCGUCGGCGGUGCCUCCAGCAGCGCCGGCAGCGCCAACGUCGGCCAUCCGCGAGCCACAGCCAAUAUUGUCUCGGGAAAUCACAUUGGCCAGUAUUUUGGCACAGCAACACCAUCCGCCAGCGGCUCUCUUCUCAGACCCCAACCUGACCCUCAGCAGCAACAGUCUGUUCCUGUCAGCUCUCGAAGACCAACUUCCGCCUCCAAUCAAGAGAAAGAAAGGCCGGCCAGCCCUUUUCUAGUUCUACCUAACAACGAUUUUGUAUCACUUGGCGAUUUCGAUCCUAGUGAGUUUCCGUUUUUGUCUUUUUAUCUUCCAAAAGCUGUGGUGCGACAUUUUUUUAUUGCUGGGCAUUUAUGAAUUCAAGUCUGCCCCAACGGAUAAUUUCAUCGCGAAUGGAAUUUGAGUGGAAUUAUAAGAGAAAAAGUUGGUUUCAAACAUAUGGGAGUUUAAACAAGUACAUGAUGUCUUUUCGUAAAUUUUUUGAAAAUUUACAUUCAUGAUGACUACAGCUGUCACUGCCAUGAAACACCGCCCCUUUUUCCAAGUUCUUAAUAAUUAUAAAUACAGUAGGAUAAUGAGAAGUUUGAGCUUCAGAUAACCUUUCUCAAACGGAGAGUCCCGUCCUGUCUGCUGCUCAAAUAGCUCGCUUAGCUGAAUGUUCCCUGACUGCGAGCCGACGAUUGCCCGACCUUCAACCUAGAUAUGUUCAGAACAAAAAGCGAAUCUCAAAGUGAGACUCCAAAUGAGAAGUUUGACGUUAUCUGGGUCGGUUCAGAGAAGUGCUCGACUUGUUGUCUUCGUCUCCAACAUCGAUGCCUAACAGAUUAGAACAGUUUCGAAAGUUCAGCGCAAUUUAUGGCCGCUUUGACACAAGAAGGAACCCACAUAAGGUUUCCGAAUAGCUGUCGAAAGAAAUAAUUUUGAUGAAAGGUUCUUUCGCUUCAUGAAACGGCGGUGAACGAAGCGGCGGCUCAAAUUUGUCUGCAAGUUCCUGCUCUGCUCACUCGACGCGACGAGCUCUUCCCAUUGGCCCGGCAGGUAGACCUUUCGAAAACUGCAAGAGCAAGAUGAACCAAAAAGGCCAGAGUAUUUCAAGCCCAGCGUAGAAGAAUGAAAUGGGAACGAACUGACAAUUUUUUGAAAAGCUUGGUAAACCUUUCAGAAUCAAAAAAUAGAAUACAACCGUGUCUUCCUAUCUGGAGCAUUUUUCGAAAAAUUUUUGGCUUUUGGGUUACUGCGUUAUAUUCAGUUCUUUGGUAAACUUAGCUUAGUAAAAGGUAUUGGUAAAAGUAAAAGGUAUAUAGUUUCACAUUUUUUUUCGGAAAUUUUACAUUCGGAAAAUGGAGUUUCAACCAAUCACUGGCAAGCUGUUUUGCAGAUCGUCAAGGAUGCAGGCUACCAAUACGCGAAGAGCCGAAAAAGACCCUGCGAACCAGCCGAUCUGCACUCGCCGAUGAGCUCGCCGAGCAACAGCCCUCCGCCUUCCGGAGCUGCGGACGACGGCUUCGAGACGGACUCUUCGCAGCCGACGCCUUCAGAACCUCGGUCCCGUGAACAAGUCGGUAAAUGUUCAUCUUCUUUCUGAGAAACGGGGCAGUCUCCUCACAUUGUGUUAUUGUGAACGAUAUCUGCCUAUAACUGCUUGAACUUUUCCAGAUCACUCGAGAUAG